UUUUCUACGGAUGAAUACAUUUCAUAAUCAUAUACUAAAUUCAACCACUAUUCUAUCAACACUCAAACACAUCAAAUCUUCCACGAGAUUAUCCAUACAGAGAACCCAAUAUUUCAUAAUAUAAAUGUAUUUAUCUUAUAAGAGACCGAACUACGAAAAUUACCUGCGAAACUACUAAUAGAAGAAAUUUAUUCUUGAACAGAAAGAUAAUCUUACAAGUAACAACCAUUGACGCAUUUAUAUUUGUAUAUUUAGAAGAAGAAAAAAUAAUAGUAUCUUAAUCUAUAUCCAUCCAACUGUAUUCACAAAGAAAUGAUGUAUUAUGAUCGAAUUAUUCAUAUAUUUCGACUAGAAAUUGUCAUGGGUCGGUGGGCUUACACAAUCUAAAUUACAAAUUAAGAAAGUAUAGCAAUAUAUACAAAAACUCAGAGAAACAAGGGUUAACCUGCAAAUAUAAGUAAAUAACUAAACUUCAAACGUGUAAUAAAGAAGACAAAAGAAUCAUUGAAAAACAUGCAUACAACUAACUCAUUGGUUCAUCACCACAGCUUCGUGUCUUCCCCGCACGAUCCGAGAUCCGUUCAUAAACAUUCCCUCCAUUCAUAAACAUUCCCUCCAUAACAUAUAAACCCAAGUUACUAAAGAAAAUAAAACAGAGCAAGUUUCUAAAUCUACAAAAAAGACCCCCUCUCCUCCUUUUUGACUGGUCAUCGUUUCAAAGGUAAAGGCUUGACCUCUCUUCCUUCUUUCUUUCUUUCUCUUCAUUAAUGAUUCUGAGUUUCAGGGAUUUCGCUUGAAGAACAAGCCAUGGGUCUCGAUGCUAAAGAUGUCUGCGUUAUCGUCUGGAAAGUCAUCAGAUUUUCAACGAACACGACGUGCAGAUACGCGAAGAGAUACCCAGUUGCUUCUUGCGUUUCGGCCUUUGUGAUCUUCCUGUACACUUUUCUUCCUCGGAUCUUCUAUGUCAUGCUCUGUUCUUCUCCGUUGAUCGCUUGCGCUUCGUUCUAUCUCCGGAACCAUCUGAGUGGUGGUGAGGAGGAGGAGGAAGAGAGAACGGAUCGUGGUGGGUUGCUGCUCUCUGUUUCGAGCGAGGGGAGGAGAAGAACAGAGAAGGCUGAGUUAAAGCACCAAAGAAGUGUUCGACGAAACGCGAGAAGGGAAGUGGAAGAGGUCGGGAAAGAUUGGGACUCGUCUCAAGCUAGCGAGGAUGAGAGAGGCAAAGUUAUUCUGACGACUCUCUACGGAGAAUUACCACCGGAGACGACGAUCGCUCCAGAUCUGGAGGCUUUCAAGAGAGACAGGACGUUGCUUGCAGCAGAAGAAAGCUUCGUUGAGUCUAACCUUGACAACGAAGACUAUGUGGUUGUAGAAGAUCCUUUGGAGAGGGUAACAAGUGUUUGUGACGGUGAAACUGAACUAGAAUGCUCAUCAUCAUCAUCGUCAUCAGAAGAGGAAGAAGAAAGAGAGAAAGAAACAAACACGGUGAUAGUAGCGUGGACAGAGGAUGACCAGAAGAACCUGAUGGAUCUUGGAACAUCUGAGAUCGAACGAAACAAGAGGCUAGAGAAUCUGAUCACGAGAAGACGAUCUAGAAGAUUCUUCUUACUUGCAGCUGAGAGAAGCCUGAUGGAUAUGGAAGUUCCUCGGAUCUGUAUAGGUCGAAACAACUAUUAUGGUUUCGAUAGAGAAAACUACGAAACCGAUGGAGUGAUCAUGCCAGGCUCUGCACCUUCCGUUAUGUUACCCAGAAGAAACCCUUUUGACCUUCCUUACGAUCCACAGGAAGAGAGACCUAACCUGACAGGAGAUAGUUUCCAGCAAGAGUUUGCGGAUGGUAACCCUAAAGAUAUUUUCUAUAGUCGCCAUGAGAGCUUCCACCACAGAGUCUUUCCUUCGGAAUCUCAAAAUGAUCCUAAAUUGGAGUCUCUGUGGAGAAAGACUGUUGAUUAUGGUAGGCCUAAGCCACUGCAAGGUAGCAGUGAUCAACUUCCUUUAACGAAAGAAAGUGAUGUGGAGGCAGGGGAGGUACGGAUAGAGACUGAUUCCAUAAGAAACAAUGAUGAUGAUAGUGACUCAAACACAACGCUUUCUCCGAGAGAAAGAGAGAGAGAUUUCUCAGUUUCAGACUUAUCAGAUGCUUCCGAAACUUUCUGCAAACGAAAUGAAGACCGUGCUGGAAAAUCUUUUCCUGGUUUAGCGCCAAGAAGCGGUGGUUCUGGUUCACUGGCGAAAGCGAGGCAGAGAUACGUGGAGCAUUUCGGUUACAGCAUAAAGAGAAGUCACGUGACUACACAUUCCGUUGACUCUGAUCUUCAAGUUGAGGUUUCUGAACUCGGUUCACCUCCAAGUUCAGUUGAUGGGAAUGACUCCUCUGAUGAAGAGAGGUCGUUGUUUAUUAAUGAAUCGGAGAUUAGUAUGGAAAUGGGGUUUAAUGGUGGGGAAAGUGAAAUGUUACCUGUGGGAAGAGAUUUAAAUGAAACAAAGUCUUUAGCUUCUCCAGAAGUUAAUGAAGAAGCAGGAAGCUUGGAGCCUAUGGAUUUGAAAAAUAUUCCGGGAAACUCAGCUGAGGAGCCUGAAUCAUCCGAGAGGACUUAUCAAGAAUUUGAAGAACCAUGUGAUAGAAAUGACCAAGAAGUGAUGCAACAACAACUACCAGAAGCUGAAACUUCUGAUGUAAAUGACCAUGGAAACUCUGAAGAUUCUGCUACUUCUCCAACAUCAGUAUUACAAGACAUGUUGACUCUAAACCAAACUCACUCUGAGGAUCUGGAUCAUUCAUCAGAUGGUCUGCGGCCGGCUGUGGAUCCAACUGCUGAAUCAUCUAGUAAUCAAUCAAAUGAACAUUCUGAUCCAACCAGGGAAAGUACAGCAGAAACCAUUUGCUUGGAUGCCACGGAAACAGUUCAGGAGAAGCAAGAGGGAUCUGAAGAACCAUUAAUCAAUGAUGAGUCUAAAUCUGCAGAAGGCGGGCAUGUCACUGUCCAUGGAUCCAUCAGCUGAAGAACUCAAAAACCAUAACAAUUAACCGAUAAAAUGUUUUGAUGCAGAAAGCUCAUCUGUAUUCUCACUGAAAAGUCAAUGAAGGGAACCAGUUUAACUUGGUUUAUAGAAUCAAACACCAAUAUAGCUGCAGAGGCCAGUUUUGCAUCUACAUGACUAUACGAGUACAGAAAAUG